AUGGCAGGAGAUUACAGAAAGUUGAUUCUGUUCUUGUUUUCAUUAAUGUGGUUUGCUGUUAUAAUUCAAGAGACGAAUGCCCGGGUUGCCGUAAUAGAUGCUGAGUACUGGAGGCAACAAGAAGAAGUCAUAGCCAAAAACCGUACGCUCAUGGCGGUGAUAGAUGAUGAGUAUUGGAAGCAACGAGAAGCCAUAGCCAAGAACCAUACAGUCAACGCUUAUCACCCUCGUCCCCAUGAAGUCACCGAUCAUUUAAACCACCGCGUUGCCAUGGCUGUUGCGAACCACAACAGCUCAAGAAGAUCUCUGGCGGCAUAUAAAGGUCCAUGCGAGGCUCACAACCCCAUAGACGCAUGCUGGCGUUGCAGACGCAAAUGGGCAAGACACAGGUUCAGGCUAGCUGACUGCGGCAUGGGGUUUGGCCGCGACACCAAAGGCGGCAAAAACGGACGUUUUUACGUUGUUACAGAUCCUUCCGACGACGACAUGGUAAACCCUAAACCCGGAACUCUACGCCAUGCAGUGACCCGAGAUGGGCCACUAUGGAUCGUCUUCAAACACGGCAUGAUAAUCCAGCUGAGACAAGAACUGCUUAUCACAAGUGACAAGACGAUUGAUGGAAGAGGAGCUAAUGUGCAGAUCAGAAAUGGGUGUGGCUUUACUCUCCAGUUCGUGAAUAAUGUCAUCAUCCACAACAUUCAUUUUCACCACAUUGUCCCUGGUUCGGGAGGCUUGGUGAGGGAUUCAGAGAACCAUUAUGGAUUCAGGACCCAGAGUGACGGCGAUUGUGUCUCCGUCUUCGGAUCAUCUAACAUUUGGAUUGAUCAUGUUUCCAUGUCUAGAUGUGCUGACGGCAUGAUUGAUGUCAUUCAAGGUUCUACCGGCAUCACAAUCUCUAACUCCCAUUUCACCAAACACAACGAGGUGAUGUUGUUUGGGGCGAGUGAUGGGUACUCGGAAGACGCCAAGAUGCAAAUAACGGUGGCGUUUAACCACUUUGGGAAGGGGUUGGUGCAGAGGAUGCCGAGGUGUAGGUGGGGUUUGGUCCAUGUGGUGAACAACGACUACACUCACUGGCUCAUGUACGCCAUUGGAGGCAGCAGCCGCCCUACCAUCAUCAGUCAGGGCAAUCGCUUCAUUGCUCCUCCAAAUGUGUUCGCCAAGGAGGUGACAAAGAGGGAUUAUGCACUGGAAUCAGAAUGGAAGAACUGGAUGUGGAGAUCAGAGAAUGAUUUGUUUCUAAACGGAGCGUUUUUCGUGACAUCGGGAUCAGUAGGCGGAGCAAAUCCAGUGCCAUGGCCGAAUCGGGUGCCUCCCCAGUCCGGAAAACUCGUUUCCCUCCUCACUCGGCAAGCCGGGACGUUGAAUUGCCAGCGGAACCAGCCCUGUUAG